GCGAGCUGACUGAUCGGUUGCGUUCUGUGUAUGUGCUGUGCUAUUUUUCGAGUGUUGGGCUGUUUCGUUGAAGUGGCGUGGUGUGACAACGAUGCCGAACACGUGUUGCGUGCCGGGGUGCCGUUCCGGCUACAAGGGCACGACCGAAAAGGUGUCGUUGUUCUGUUUGCCUAAUAACAAGGAGCAGCGCGAGAAAUGGAAGCGGGCCAUACCGCGGCAGGAAAGUGGCGGUUUUAAUUUCGAAUCGAAGUACACGCGUGUGUGCUCGAAACACUUUGACGCCUCGGACAUCGUCACUGCGUACAAUUUCAACAUCAACGGCGACGACGUGUCCCUGGAGCGUGAGAAGCCGACGCUGAAGACUAACGCCGUUCCAAGGAUUUUUGAAGGCCUUCCAGCGUACCCGACGAAGCCCAAAACUCGGUCCCGCUCAUCGACAGUUCGACCCUCACGCAAACGACCUCGUGAGUUGUCGGGUACGGUUGAAGAGCGCCGAUCAUCGCCGACGCCGUGUUCAGACGGGACCGAUGCUGCAUCAGGGAAUUACGAUUUGGCGCUCAGUGACCCGGUGGAAAGCCACCGCAGGGACUCGGCUUCUCAAACAGACCGCGUGGGUGGCUGUGCCAGCUGUGCUGAAGUGCAGACGUUGAGGCGCCAGCUCCGAGCCGCGAAACAGCAGCUUCAACAAUGCCAAAGAAAACUUGCCAAAUUCCGAUUACAGUCUGCCAAGUACAAACGGCAACAGCAGAACCUUGAAAGCCUUUCAGAUCGCGACAAAUUGAUUAUUGAUCAGUGUGUGAUGAAGGCGAGCGCAAAGUCUGCUCGAGCUGUGCGGUGUGCUCAUGCUCGACGAAAUGAGUGUCAGCAAAAACCUCCACGUCAGAGAAUCUGACAUGAAAGUCCUUGGAAAAGUUGACUUUGAUGAGCGCACCAGGCCAGGAGACCAUGAAAAAAAUGGUGAUCACUUGUUGGUCUUCCUGUUUUGACCCUUUUUGCAUGGAUGGUCACAAACUGUGGGAACUUUCUGCGCAUCGAGCGCCACCCCUGGAUCAGUACUGGCAAAGCUUCUACUGCAGUGUGUUGUACACUUGUCGAAUUCUGGAGCGGUUGUUGAUGCAGUGACACGUGAUAAUUCGACAACCAAUCGGUCAGCCUUGAGGUCCCUAGAUAUGUAUUUAAUAACGUACGACUUGUGCUGCAGGCCAGCCAGGACAACUUAAUUUUAUUAGUCGCUCAUUUCUUUGCAGGCAUUCAUGGCGACAUCAGAGACAAACGGGUGUCAUUUCAGCACCCAUGUGACCCCUCUAGGAUGAUUUAUACUGUCAUUAAUCCACAGCACAUAUUUAAGUGUAUUUGGGACAAUCUGCUGAAAGUUGGGAAGUUUUUAAUAAGUGAAAGAAUUUUUGUUCCUGCUAGAUACACGCUCGUAUGGUUUUAUCAGAAGUAAUUCCUUUUUCCUAGAGCUGCCACAAGGUCAGGAAGUAUAUCAUCAUCAUUAUGCAGAACUCCUAGAAUAUGAAGAGCAGCAAUCUGGGCUGCGUGCUGUGCCAAAGCUCACAAAGGCCCAUAUAUACCCAAAUGCUUUCCAGAAAAUGAGCAUCAGACUUGCUGCUCAGUUCAGUGAAUCUACAGCUACAGCGAUGAAAUUCUACAGUGAGCAGGAAGCAUGCAAAAGCUCCAUGCGUCUGCAGCAACAUAUGAAUUCACCAGGAGGAUGAACAAAUUAUUUGACUGCUUGAACUCUCGGAGGCCUGAGCAUGUGCAGUACAAUGAAGCUGAACAUGUUGCUACGCUGAAAGGGAGCGUUGCAUGGCUUGACAGCUGCUGCAACUACAUAGAAAGUCUGCAGAAGCAGAGGCAGAUUUGCUUUUUGAGCAAGCCGACAUGUGAGGCUCUAAGAGUAACCCUGCUCAGUACUAUAUCUCUUGUUGAGAACCUUCUUAAAGCAGGUUUUUGCUAUGUACUGGUGGGAAAGUUUGCACAGCACCCAUUAGAGAGAUUUUUUGGCAUUGUCAGACAUGCUGCCGGUAAUGUAGGACAGCCAACAGUCCAGCAAUUCCUAUUUAUAUAUAGGAUGCUUUCUGUGAAGAAUCUUGUCCAGCCACCCAAGUGAUCCUCUGUAGCUGGAGAUGGUCCACAACUGCUCAGACUGCAAGAUUCAUUCAACAAAGAAAAGCCUACUGGGGCCUGUCAUGCUGAUUCUUUGGCUAUUCUUCUGGAUGAAGUCCUCUUGGAACCUGCAGAAACUGCGGAGGAGGCUUCAGUUCUCUGCCAUCAGCAGUCCCCGAAAGAAUGCAUAAGAGAUUGCCUUGCCGGCUAUGUCGCAAAAAAGUUUUCUUCGUUGAGCUGCUCGAGCUGUGUAGGAACAAUGAGAAGUUUUGAACGAGCGGCAACUGGCCUGAUUCUUGCCAAAUCCAAAGGUGGUCUACAAGUGCCCUCCAGCCACCUAGUUGCUCUCCUCCAAAUUGUGGAAGAUCAUUUGAUCACACAGUUGACAAAACUGCCUGUUCUGAUGUGUAUGUUAAUAUUGUAGAGAAUGUUUUGAUGGACAGUCAUACUGCUACAGCUGCUGUCGGCUGCAAAUCGCACUUUGUAAGCCCCACCGCAGAAGUAGUUCAGUUUUUUCUUAAGACCCGCUUGCAUUUUUUCACGAGAGAAAAAAAACAACCAGAUGCAAGCGAAGGGGUGAGCUUCAUGUCCAGCAGGGGUGGUAGGAAACCAACCAGUUGAAGGGGUACCAGUUAAAGGGGCGCAGUAGGUAUCACAAUUAUGUAAAGGCGACCAUUUACAAAAAAUUGCAAUGCUGAUGAUGGAGGACAAGGGUGUUGCGAGAUCUGAUCAGGGCAUUGAUGAUAAAAACACAUUUGCUUUAUGCUUUGUUGCAACCUCAAUUUGUGUUAUACCAGGAUAGAGUAGUUCACAGCAAUAGCGCCCUUACCGCGACCGUCUAUGAAAGGUAUAGCAUUAGAAUUCCUUUAAAUGCGAGUGUUGCGAGUAUUGAUGGGCUACAACUCUUCAAUUGCAUGUACUUUUAAGUCUCUAUGCUGCUAUAAGUAAGAAGGUUAUUAGCACACUGUUAGCUAUGUUUGCAUUAUGAUUUGCUGAGCAAGUUGUGUGUGCAUGUUUAAGUAACAGCUGAAGAAGUACAAAGGUGGUAUCUCUAACAAGCCAUUAAAAAAAAACAUUGCUGUAUAUGUGAUGUGGCUACUUGUGUUCGUUUGAGAGUUGUUUAGCCGUGUGUUAUGAAAUGCUUAUGCUUUACACUUUCUUGUUUAUAGAAACAAUCGAUUAUGCAUUCUGUAUUUAUUGCCAUUCGUUUGCUGGUGUUUGUUUCCUGCCCCACAAUGCAUACCUCUCACGUUUGAUCUUAUUUCUUUAUGCUUAUUUUAUCAGUGCCAUGCUUUAAACAAACUACUUGCAUUGUGAAUGAUGGACCAUUCAUGACUGGACGCCUCUGUGCUGUCUGUAUUUCGCUCCGCUUAUUUUACAUGAUAAAUAAAUGAUCGUGCUUGUAUGUUGUUUUUGCACCAA